GUUCGGGGCUUUUAUUUUGACGGGUUGUUUGCGGAUAUCGGGCCCGUGAGCGCUGGGCAGCUUCGGCGUAUCGCAGAAUCUUCACAAAUAAACCCGAGAUCGGUAUUAAAGCAGGAAUGAUCGCGCAGCAGCGUGUCAGAGCUCUUUAAACACAUCUGCAGUGUCACGGAGUGUCCGGUGGGGUCAUGGCGUCAGGUUCGGAGGCCGUCCACUACAUCCAUCUUCAUAACUCCAGUCAGUCGGUGCUGGAGGCUCUGAGGUCUCAGCGGCGUAAAGGUCUGUUCUGUGACGUGACGGUGCGCAUCCACGACGCGUCUCUGCGGGCUCACGCCUGUGUGCUGGCGGCCGGCAGCCCCUUCUUCCAGGACAAGCUGCUGCUGGGUCACUCGGAGAUCUCGGUGCCGCCGCUGGUUCCCGCCGAGACGGUCAAGCAGCUGGUGGACUUCAUGUACAGCGGCUCGCUGGUGGUGCUCCACUCGCAGGCGCUCUGCAUCCUCACCGCCGCCUCCAUCCUGCAGAUCAAGACCGUCAUCGACGAGUGCACGCAGAUCAUCUCUCAGAGACGCGCCGCUGUGGCGGGAGCCGUGGGGCCUCUGGGGAGCGCGCUGCCCAAACAGGAGGGCGGCGACGGGAAAGAUCAGGAGAACGCAGCGCUGCAGGGCUUCGCUUACAGCAUGGGCGGGGACUGCGGCUCAGACGCCCGCGCUGGGGGGCGGAGCUCAGGAGGCGGCGGUCUGGAGGGGGGUGGAGUCGGCUCACUGAUGCCCCUCGGUGAGGUUGGAGGCGGGGCCAUGUGUAGAGGGGAGGGUCUGGGUGUGGCAGGGGGUGGGGCCACCAGCUGCUCGCAGGAGAUCAACUACAUGCUGAACCCAGAGCGCGGUGCUAAUGUGGGCGCGCAGAACAUCGCCGCCAACGAGCGUGGUCACAUGGGAUCUCCGAGCGGCAUGGGCCUGGAGCUGGUGGAGCGAUUCAGCGAAGACGACGAGAGAGACGCUCAUGACGCGGACAGAGACAGACAGACGGCGCACACACGCAAACAGAGACAGCCGCUGAGACUGCAGGUGCUGGGCGGAGAGGAGGUGGUGGUGAAGAACGAGGGCGUGCAGGACGGGGACGGUCUGUUUGAGAUGGACGAGAGAGGAAACGCACCGCAUCAGCCCACCUACGCACAGGGCGGGUUCUACGAGGACUCUGCCGUGUUCUCAAGUGGUUUCUGGUCUCAGGCGGAUCCGCAGGCGUCUCUGGGCUCAAACCCUCGCGGCCGGGGAAACAAACCCCUCUCUCCUCCACCGCCGCCCUCCCAGAACCUCAGCAGCCAGUUUCCUGCCAGCGAAUCACAGCAGCCGUCCUUCUUUGUGGGCGGACCCAUGGUGAUCGACAACCUGACUGAGUCGUGCCAGCAGGCUCCGCCCCCCGCCCCCCUGACCCCGGCUCCGCCCCCCUCCACCCCAGCAUGCCUCGCGGGGCCGAGCUUUGCGCCGCAGGGCUCUGAGACGUCCUUCGACUGCAGCCACUGCGGAAAGUCACUGCGCUCCCGCAAGAACUACAGCAAGCACAUGUUCAUCCACUCCGGUCAGAAGCCGCAUCAGUGCAGCAUCUGCUGGCGCUCGUUCUCUCUGCGUGACUAUCUGCUGAAGCACAUGGUGGUGCACACGGGUGUGCGUGCGUUCCAGUGCUCCGUCUGCAGCAAGCGCUUCACGCAGAAGAGCUCUCUGAACGUUCACAUGCGCACACACCGCGUGGAGCGCACCUUCACCUGCGGAGUCUGCCACCGCGCCUUCACCCACCGCACGCUGCUCGAGAGACACGCCCUGCAGCACCACACGCCCACCAAACCACCCACCAAUCACCUGCAGCAGGGCGGGGCCAGCGGACCAGGCUCCGCCUCCUAGAGACAGGCACGACUGAAGAGAGGAGAAACAAUCAGAUUGAAUCCCAGGAGCUCUCUCUCUCUCUCUCUCUCAGACACACACACACACACACACACACACACACACACACA